AUGGUCUCCAAGACUCGCGCUACCCGCCUGAAAUGGAUCGUGUUUGUGAUAAUAUUGCUGGUUAAUAUCAGCGUCUUUGUUAUCUGGAUGCCAGCACGUCUUCAAAUUAAUGACCGAUGGAUUCGGUUAAAUUCCAUCUGGGAUCGAUGCGAAAAGGUUAUUUUUGCUGUCGUUGAUGGUGUUUUGAACGGCUACUUCAUUUACUUGGUCCGGUCACGUCUUGUCGAAAAUGGAUUGACCAAGUAUAUCCCACUGUAUCGGAUGAAUCUGGGACUCAUUGUGUUGUCUCUAUCAUUAGAUAUCGUUUUGGUAGGACUCAUGUCCUUGCCAAGUAGCUUGGUGUACCUAUCAUUCCAUCCCGUCGCUUACCUCUUGAAACUCCAAAUCGAGAUGAAAAUGGCCGAACUCAUCACAAAGAUUGUCCGCUCUUCGGGUACCCGUGGCUCAGACGAGGGGUACUACCACAGUUCCAACAUGACAAACAUGAAUCAGAGACAGAUGACAUCCACUGCUAAAGCUAAGCCCGAUGGACCGUUGACAGGUAUGCACGGGGCGAUGCGUGGUAGAAACACAACACUCAUAGAAGGUGGUGAUCUGGGCGAAUUGGAAAGCUCGCUCGAGUCAGCGCGAAAUGGACGGGAUAAUAUGAGUGGCAUCGUGAGAACAAUUGAGACGACGGUGGACAGCUCGCCAGCGCACGCCGUGGAGCCAAGUUCGCCUACUGAGGCUAAGCAUAGUGAAUAUGCCCAAAGUACGGCAAGUUCGACAUUUGUAUUGGCUGGUAGAUAA